GUUACCACUGGGGUGGACUGGUCUCCCUACUACAGCACAGCAGAAGCAUUGGGGAAAUUCCACAGCUGUGUGUGGCUUUUUUUUAUCGCGUUCACUCAAAUAGCAUUGCUGAACGUGCUUACAAGUAUUUUUGUUGAAAGCGCACUGAAGAUCGCGGAGCCAGACCACGUGGAGAAAGCGUUGCAUUUUGCGGCAUACGACCAUGAGAUCACAAAUCAUCUUCGGAUACUGUUGUACGAGGAGUUUGGGUUGCUCGAUCACUCUGCAUUUCCCAUGGCGACAUUCUUCCAGAAAGUCCACGGCACGAAGCUCAACCAUUACAUGAAGUUCAUUGGUGUCAACGCAGUGGAGAUGGAGCGUUUGAUGACCAUGAUCCAAAGUAUGGGCCGCUCCCAACUAAUAACGACCGGUGCCUUCAUCAAAGGGUGUAUGAAGGUCAGAGGUGAGGCCAGGUCAUUGGAUAUGCAGCACCUGCUCCUCGCUAUGCAGUUCAUGCAGAAGAACCAGGCGGAGAUAAAGAAGAACCAGGCGAGCAUGCAGAAGAACCAGAUGGACAUUAUCACCCGCAUGUCCAGCAAUAGGGCGCCCCUCAACGACAACUGA